AUGCCGGCAACCCUUAGGAUACCAUUAGGGUUUGCGGGUUUCCAGAACUUGAAAGCUCGACGAUUUAAACGUAUUCCGCUCGAUGAUCCGGGGUUUGCAGAAAUUUGCCACACAACAGUUCACCCCACCACCAAAAUUCAGAUUCUGAAAUCCUCGAUCUCGACCACCCCAAGUGAGAUUGAAAGGCAUCACGAUUCAAAUAAUAAAUAA